AUGAAACGCCAAGUGCAUAAAAAAGUCUAUGUGAGCCGCAAGGAGCUGUUAAGAAGCCAACAGGCCUCUGUGCUUCUGCCAAGAAGCCAACAGAAGCUGUCAGAAGCCUUUAGGAACAUUCAGGAACCUUCAGGAGCCUUCGAGAACCUUCAGGAACCAUCAAGUACCUUCAAGAGCCUUCAGGAGCCUUCAAGAACCUUCAGGAACCUUCAGGAGCCUUCGAGAACCUUCAGGAACCAUCAAGUACCUUCAAGAGCCUUCAGGAGCCUUCAAGAACCUUCAGGAACCUUCAGGAGCCUUCGAGAACCUUCAGGAACCAUCAAGUACCUUCAAGAGCCUUCAGGAGCCUUCAAGAACCUUCAGGAACCUUCAGGAGCCUUCGAGAACCUUCAGGAACCAUCAAGUACCUUCAAGAGCCUUCAGGAGCCUUCAAGAACCUUCAGGAACCUUCAGGAGCCUUCGAAAACCUUCAGGAACCAUCAAGUACCUUCAAGAGCCUUCAGGAGCCUUCAGGAGCCUUCGGGAACCUUCAGGAGCCUUCGAGAACCUUCAGGAACCAUCAAGUACCUUCAAGAGCCUUCAGGAGCCUUCAGGAGCCUUCGAGAACCUUCAGGAACCUUCAGGAGCCUUCAACAACCUUCAGGAACCAUCAAGUACCUUCAAGAGCCUUCAGGAGCCUUCAAGAACCUUCAGGAACCUUCAGGAGCCUUCAACAACCUUCAGGAGCCUUCAGGAGCCUUCAAGAACCUUCAGGAGCCUUCAGGAGCCUUCAGGAACCUUCAAGAACCUUCAGGAGCCUUCGUGAGCCGUCAGGGAGCCGCGAGAAGCCAACAGCAGCCGUUAGGAUUCACAAGAAACCACCAGAAUCCAACAGGAGCCACCUGA